UUCCCCAACCGUCAUCGUCCCCGUUUAUCCAGAUGGCAUUCGUCGACGUUCACUCGAUGAAUUGCGCUGGAAUAGUCAUCAUUCAGAGCAUCCAAGUGUCCGAUCCUGCCCGCCGUCAACGAUCCUUGCACCCCCGUCGCUUCAGGGCCAAGAAGACAAGUGGACAUAUUCCGUCCCUCAGAAAUCGUAAUCUCCGCCACCUCAUAGCCUCUCUAAACCCUUACAGCCGCUGAGACAUUGGGUUUUGUGGGGUUAAGUAAAUCAUGACGCUACAAGCGGGCCGCGGCAUCUCCGGAGGGCUUUGAACUUCGAAUAUACCUGCAGGAAUAUUAUCUCACACGUGGCUUCAUCGCAAUUGCGCAUCGUGGUAUCGGCUAGAUCUUGUGGCUAUCCAUUCUGAGCAUCACCGUUUACUUGUAUACCUUGGGCCGCAAUCGGGAAACAGCUCUUGACACUGCUUUGAAAGUGCCGUCACUCUCCUCGAGUUUCAGAAUUGACAUCCCGAAGAGUCGGUUCUCCAUCUAUCUGCGCGGGUCAGCGCACUGUUUUGGGAUCAUGCCCCAUUCUUAGCAACGAGGCUUGAUAUAUAAAAGCAGCCGCACAAUGGGCUCAUCUCUCUAUCGGCGGUUCUGGCUUCUGGGACCCUGCACAAGCCUCGAGCCCCAUCCGACUCUUCUUGUACUUCAUCUCUGACAACGAUGCUUUUUUUCUCGUCGCUCGUUGUCCUCGGGGCGCUGCCGACCUCCUUCGCAAGUUCAGUCAUCAACCUCCCCAUCGUCAACAAGGUCAUCGCACCUGAUGGUUUCACUCGCUCGACCGUUUUGGCGGGCGGAACGUUCCCUGGCCCUCUCCUCUCCGCGCAGAAAGGCGACAGAUUCACCAUCAACGUCCAGGACAAGCUCACGGACACGACGAUGCUCACUCCCACGAGCAUCCACUGGCACGGGCUGUUUCAGAAAAACAGCAGCUGGGCCGAUGGGCCAUCUUCCGUCACCCGUGGGUUCGGUUCGCAAUCACGUUUCGGACGCAUGCUGAGUCCGAGAAUAGAGUGCCCCAUCACGCCGGGCCACAGUUUCGUGUACGACUUUGCGACCGCAGGCCAGUCCGGGACCUACUGGUACCACAGUCACCUGUCCACGCAGUACUGCGACGGGCUUCGUGGCCCGCUAGUCAUCUAUGAUCCGCACGACCCCCUGCGGUACCUGUAUGACGUUGAUGAUGAGUCGACGGUAAUCACUCUCGCUGACUGGUAUCACUUUGUCGCCCCAGCGGCUCCGCGUAUUCCGGCGGCCAACUCGACUUUAAUUAAUGGCCUGGGGAGAUAUCAGGGUGGACCGGCCGAUGCUCCCCUCUCUGUGAUCACCGUCGAGGAGGGCAAACGCUACCGAUUCCGCCUUGUCGCCAUCAGCUGCGACCCGAACUACGUCUUCAGCAUCGAUGGACAUUCUCUGACCGUCAUCGAAGCUGAUGGUGUCAGCACCAAACCUGUCACUGUCGACUCUCUCCAGAUCUUUGCCGGCCAGCGGUACUCCUUCGUUCUCAAGGCCAACCAGCCCACCGGAAACUACUGGAUCCGGGCGAACCCGAAUGUCGGAAUUCCCGGCUUCACCGGAGGGAUCAACUCGGCCAUCCUGCGGUACAAGAAGGCGCGGCGCGUCGAGCCCACCACGAACUCGACCGCGAGCAACCUGCUCCUCGAGACCAAUCUGCACCCGCUCUACCGGUCCCCCGUCGCCGGGCGCCCGUUCGUCGGGGGUGUCGACAAGGCGCUGAAUCUGAAGAUCUCGAUCAACGGGACGACGGGCAAGUUCCAGAUCAACGGCGCGCCGUUCAUCCCGCCCACGGUCCCGGUGCUGCUCCAGAUCCUCAGCGGCGCGCAGACGGCGCAGGAACUGCUCCCGCCCGGAAGCGUCUACCCGCUCCCGCCGAACGCGGUGGUCGAGGUGAGCAUUCCUGGCGGCACGCCCGGCGCACCGCAUCCGUUCCACCUGCACGGGCACAACUUCUGGGUCGUGCGCAGCGCCGGCAACACCAGCUACAACUUCGAUGACCCGGUUCUGCGCGACGUCGUCUCGACCGGGCCCUCGACUUCGGAUAACGUGACGAUCCGGUUCAUCACGAACAACGCCGGCCCGUGGUUCCUGCACUGCCAUAUCGACUGGCAUCUAGAGGCCGGACUGGCGAUUGUGUUUGCGGAAGACACGAAGACGAUCGUCCACGAGAACUCGCUGCACGAGUUCCCCAAGGCGUGGGCGAAUCUCUGCCCGGCCUACGACAGCUUCUUGAACUCGACCUCCACUUGAACAACACUCUUUCUGAAUAUUUGUUAUGCUGUAAUCUUAUUCGCGGAGUGCCGACGAGGAGGAGUACUAUAACCACACGCCUCACACUAAUCUCGGACCAGACCUUGUACUUAACUGUCAUUUAUUCGGUGUUCUCCCUAUUACAGAAAUGAAACAAAUACAUUCUUUGUGUCGGUGCUGCCCCAUCCGGCAGCAGAAUUCGAC